AUGUAUGGUGGUGGUGGUGGUGGUGGUGGUGGUGGUAACAAUGCUGCUGGUGUUUGUAAUGGUAACCUUGGUGAUAAGCAACAACAACAAGCUCAACAGACUCAUACUUUUCCAAUGUCCUUUGCUGCUCCCAAUGGUGCUACAGCUCCUGGUUUUGAUAUUUGUUCUAUGGCGUACAAUCCUGCUAUAUUACAGAGCAUUCCGGAGGCUGCGUCAUGGCUCAUCUGCUUUGUGUUAUUUGAUCUGGGUUUUUGGGAUUUUAGGAGAUCAAAGUUCAAAGAUGACAAUUCAAGCAACGGAGAAUCGAAAGGAAAACAAAUUUUAAAGGCAAAGCAAAUUAGUGAUACACAAUAUAACAAUGUAUGUCAACAUAGUUCAUCAAAGAGAGUUUUACAGAGACGGAGUAGUGAGCACAAACGAAGGGUACGCAUAAAUGCAAAAAUGAGAACUCUACCAUCCUUAAUUCCGAAUUGUGACAAGGGAGAUUAUGUGUCCAUUUUAGAGCAGGCUAUAAAGUACAUCAAAUCCUUAACGCUACAAAUUAAUAUGAUGUCAAAGUCAAUUGAACAAAACCAGCAGAUAAACCCAUACACACAUCAAAUGGUCACACAACCCAUGAUGCUCCAGCAGAAUUAUGGUAGUUUUUCUAUCCAACAAAGACCUAACCCCAUGCCUACCGCCGUCUCAAAUUUGACUCCGACUCCUACUAUGCUUACACAAAUUUGCUGCCCCUUACAAGUACUCCCUACUUGUAUUACAACGCCAUCUAUGCCUUUUAUAUUAUCUUAUGUACCUCCUAUGCCACAUUUUAGGCCUCCUAAUACUUUUGAUGAAUCACAUCCUUUCAACCACAAACUUCAUUCUUAA